ACGCAAACAUGCCCGGAAGAGGCUGAAUUUUAAAAGGCAACUCCACUUUCCGUGCCCAAGUGCUAACUUUCAUUCAACCUCCCCUUGCGAAUCCGCCUAACCGUUUUUGAAGUUGAUCGGACUUGAGCAGCGACGGAAAGUCCCUCUUCAACCAAUUCUGUGUUUUCUUUGUUCACAAGAGCCCGACCUGAGUUUAGAUUACAGUUACCGAGCGAAAAACACAGCAAGCGCCUUGAGAACAAGCAAGACGCUGAUUAGAACCGGAGUUCUCAACAUCAGACCAUGUGGACCUCUUACAUGAACGGGAUUCUACCGCAGAAGAGAUUGCGUAAAGAAUAUAAGCAGGUGAAGGAUUCCACUGUUUUUCCUCUGAUUGGCAAAGAUCUUCUGGGGAACUCCUUUCCUCCUGUAACUCGAAAAAUACAAGAGAACAGCUCAAAGAGUCAAAGUCUCUCCUAUAGCUUGCAGGACCUAUUCUUUAUGCCGCGGAUUUUGGACUUUCACAGAAUUUCAUAUACACUUAAUGACCUUAAAGACAGCAGAGCAGCAGAAUGUCAUUGGAAAGUACCUUUCAGAAAAGUCAGCAAUGAUACAGACUGCAAAAUCAAGACUCAUUUAAAGCAUCACUUGCAUCAUCGGCACGUGAAGAAGAUUACUCAGAGUUACGAAUGCGAGUCAACAGUAAAUGAGGACGAUGGAAGCCAUUCAGGGAGUAACAGGACUUUUCUGCAACUGGGACAGUCAAAUGACAUUUCAUUAUCUGAGCCUGGCAGCUGUAUAUCACCUCGGCUCCAGAAUAGUCCAGCUGAUGAUUGUGAACAAUUAUUGUCCUCUAGCCUGCAGGAUGAAUUAAGACACCUUGGAGAAACAAAGCUGAAACAGCAAAUGAGCCAGCGGGAUGACAAUAAACCAUUUUCAUUACCAGCUGAUCCUGUCAGUCAGGUAGAUAGUUUGGUGUCAGCUUCUUGCAAGGAUCUGCAAAAAGAGCAGGAUUUAGAACCAUGGCAGACAGUAAUUUCAGAAGCUGAUGUCUCAAAUUGUUCUGCGGCUGCAGAAGCAACAAGUUCUGAGGAUAAGCAACGUGUGUCCAUAGCUGACUGUCCAAAACAAAGUCCGACAUCGCAGGCAACUGAUUGUGAGGGACAGAAAUCUCAGAAAACCGCUAACUUACCGAGUAUGGUAGUGUCGAAAUGUUUGCCGUGCCCACAAGCAGGAGAAAACCACCUUUCAACAGAUAACAAUCCUGUAAAUGAAAUAAUGAAAGGAAAUAUCAAUAUAGCCUAUUCGCCCAAGAAGAAAAGGUUUAUGGUUUAUAUCUGUGGUGGCUACAAAGAUACAGAACAUGAAAGAAACACCUUAAUGAAGAGAGUAUACCCGCAACUAAACACUUAUUGCAAAGAAAGGGGUUAUGACUUCAUGAUGGUUGACCUCAGGUGGGGAGUGAAAGAUGGAAUUAGCGACAACCAUAUAAUGGCUCGACUACAUCUUGAGACGCUUAGGGAAUGCCAAGCAUCAGAAGGCUCCAUCUUUAUUCUUUUAACUGGACAAAAGCACGACUCGCCUUUCCUUCCCGACAGCAUAAUUAAAGAUGACUUUGAAGCUAUUUUGAACUCCAUUGAUGCCAAGAAAAUGGAGACAGUAAAACGGCAGCAUCAAAAUCACAAUCCUGAACUCCACACUUGGACUGAGGGUUCUGGAUUCCUUGGGGAAUCUCACUGUGGAGAACCUGAUCUGACCAACAAUUCAACACCACUGAAUGUGGAGUUGCCAGAAAGCUGUAACACUGGUGCCAGUGAAAUCCUGUCUGCUCAUACCCCUCAGACACAGAACAUGAAUGACCCUCUAGCUCACUCUACAACAGACUUUGCGAAAGCUAUUGGGCUACUUCGGCAGUGGUACAAGCUAGAUGAAAACUGCAUUCCCAGUGUUUACAGGCUUCAGCCAAUAAGGAUACACUUCAGAGACAUUUACAGCAUGGAUCCUUCACGCAGGCAACAUGCAAGGAAUAACUGGUCAAGUUCUUCACAGAAACUAUACAGCAUCCUCCAGGAAUAUGCACCAUUGUCACUCGGUAAAGAAGCAGCCUCAAAUCUGCUUCGAACAGUUAUAGAAUGUGAGGUUAAACAGGGUCUACAAACAGAAGGACCUCCGGAGGAUCACUGCCAUUGGUUUAAACGGUACAUCACUGACAUCCAAUACAACCUGUCAAGUGAGAAAGCUUCAGAUUAUAUUGAUGUCUGUCCACGGAAGCCAGAAUUCAACAAGCCAUUGUACGAAGCCCACACAAAGUUUCUGGAAAGCAUUCAUGCCAGGCUUCGCCACACCAAUAUUUAUGAGUACAAGGUCAGCUGGGGACGAGAUGGAAUCAAUCCACAGCUUAACAGGUCUCACUCAUUCUACAUAGAGCACCUCUGUACUGACUUCCACAGAACUUUCGCCACCCACUUUAACAGGAAUGUCGACGCACAGAAUACUAAGAGAGUGUCAGAAAGAAGAAGUAGGUGCUAUAACUCUACAACGAAGAGUUGGGUUAAGGAGGAGGUGCUAGAACAUGUACAGCAUUGCCAGACACUAGCUGCAUUUUUCAUUGGAAGAGAAGCUUUUUUGCUCAACUUGAAGGAAUGUCUACAGCAUUCGAAGCAAAAACCGAUUGUCCUUCUCGGAGAGGUGGGAUGUGGCAAGAGUGCUCUCAUGGCCAAGGCAUCCUUGCUAGCUUCUGAUUGGAUCUCAGGAGACCUGCGGAAAAUGAUCCGUUUCAUUGGCAUCACUGGAGAAACCCGAAAUAUUCGCUUGCUUCUUCGGAGCCUGUGCUUCCAACUUGCUGAGAUAUACAAUAAAGCAAUGCUUUUCUCAGAGGAUUUCUCAGGGUUGUUAAAUGAGUUUACAUCGCUGCUGGAGUUUGCCACUGAAGAUGAGCCUCUCUUGAUCACUUUGGAUGGCUUGGAGGAAUUUUCUGAUGACCACAAUGCUUGGAACCUUUCCUGGUUUCCAAGAGAACUACCAAAAAAUGUCUAUUUCAUUGUUUCCAUGUCCGUGGAGGAGAAUCAGGCAACACUAAAGACGUUGAAGGAGCUUGGGAACGUUCUUCAUGUCCCACCACUCAAUUCCACAGAAAUAGAGAAAAUGAUCAAUUAUUGGUUAGAGAAAGACCAUCGAAGACUAACAGCUGACCAACAGCAUUUACUAUUGGAAGCCUGCUCUGCCUUCUACAUCAGUUGUAUUCAGCGAUUUUCAGUAGAUUGGAGAAAGAACAUGGAGGAGAGCUUGUGA